AGGAUGACCUGAUCUAGUCAGUGGAAUGAAGUGUAAAAACUGUGGUGCAAUACUGCAAGCAAAGCACUAUGGGAAGCACGUGACAAAAUGUCUCAAGAGUCACCGUGACCUGCUCUUCUUUGCUCAACAAGCUGAGAAACAAGCUGAGCAAAGUGUGAAGCCAAAACCGGUGAAUAAUAAGGGCUAUCCUAUUGGGGGAGUAACAGUGAAGUUUCCUUACAAACCAUAUCCUGUACAGUUUCAGUACAUGUCUAAAGUGAUCCAAGCUCUGAAGAACAGUCAGCAUGCCCUGUUGGAGUCACCCACUGGUACUGGUAAAACCCUGUCUCUUCUAUGUAGCACACUGUCCUGGCAGAAGAAGAUGAAGGCGGAGUGUGAAGUUGAGGAGGCCAGGAGGUGUCCUGUUCACGAUGUAGAUAAUUCCUACUACCCUGAUCCUGACCAAGAGAACCAGACUCUAAAGGGAGCAGAAGCGGGUACUUCAAGUACCAAUGGCAACAUCUCUAUUGUAGAACAAGACGACUCUGACUACAAAAAAGGGAAGAAGUUUGGAAGAAUAGCGUCUGUGAAGAUUCACAACCCAGUCUCAAAGAAGAAGAGCAUGGAAAAGAAGAUGAGAAGUGUUCAUUUGUUCAUUCACGAUGUGUACAGAAACGUGAAAGUAAAGCGAGUAGACGUGCGCACUAUACAAGAAGAGAACUCCCUUCGUUUAGUUGAAAUAGACGAGACCAGUAGCAGAUCUAUUUUUGUAGAGAUCCCUAAAAGUGGUGUGGCGAUGGUACAAAAGGAGCUGUUUCUUAAACCCAACACUAAGUUUGAGACUUGGGUCCUGACUGAGCCGGAAAACUAUCAACCUGCUCCUAAGUUUAUCGAUGAUAACACUCUCCCAACAACCCCUGCCCGGCCGAAUGGUAGGUCCCACUCUACUACACCUGUAAAGGCACCCUCCAAUACAACUUCUCCUGAUCGUAAUUCUGACGAUGACGACUUUAUCUCACCUAAUAAGUCUACACAUCCUAGUCCUGGUAUUGUACCAAAUGAACAUGAUACCUACGACUUUGAAAAGUCGGAUCCUGUAAAAUCUGAGAAACUGGAAAAGACGGAGCCAGGGAACGGUGCUGUGUUAUCAGAUUGUUGUUGUGAUGAGAUGAGACAGAGGAAACAUCCUCCUAAGAUCUACUUCUGCACCAGAACUCACCGGCAAAUUGCGCAGAUCAUUCGGGAAUUAAACAAAACAGAGUUCAGCAAGGUGCAUAUGUCAAUACUGUCCAGCAGAGAGCACUCCUGUGUUAACCCUAAACUAGCUAAGGAAUCCAAUAAAAAUGAUAAGUGCAGAGAGCUUCGUCAAGAAAAGAAGUGUAUGUACGGAGAGAACGCCAACAAACUUACCAGCCGGUCAGUGUUGAAACGGAACGGUAUAAACCAGGCCUGGGACGUUGAGGAGUUAGCUCGAGUCGGGAAACGGGAAAUAGCCUGUCCUUACUACGCAUCUGUGGAAAUGUCCAAGACGGCUGACAUAGUGUUCGCUCCGUAUAACUACAUUCUGGACCCUUUUAUUGCUGCUCAACGAGAACUAGCACUUUCUGACAACGUGGUUAUAUUCGAUGAAGGACACAACAUAGAGGACGUCUGUAGAAGCUCGGUGGGUUACGAAGCUACCCAGUUUAUGAUGGGUGAAGCUAUUGCUAACCUGGAUGAGGUUAUUGGUAAAGAUAGGCAGUGUGUUGGGUACAGCAAGGAGUAUCCUGAUUCUAACAUGGGGUUCGAGUCUCAGGAGCCACAACUGGAGGGAAUGAAGCUGUUUCUGGAGACCCUUCUAAACUGGACUCUAGCCUAUAAAAGUAGACUUGUUGAUGAUUACUUUGAGCAUUCUCAUUACUCUUUAGAGGGUGGUACUUGUCUCAAACAACUUCAGGCGAUAGGAAUAACCUCAGACCGAGUAGAGCAGUUGUCCGGCUGGGUAACUGUUAUUGCUGAGAAGGAUAAAGAACCCUCCGAGUCAUCACCUCAGGAACCCGAAUACAAACGUCCUAAACCCAAAAAUUCUACCUUGUUUCUUUGCGAGAAGUUUGUUAUAACUUAUCGAGUUUUCGCGUCUACUGGAAACGAUUCAUCCUUCAGUUUAUGUAUAAAACAGUCCCCUUUAAGUGUGGAGAAUCCUCAGACGCACAGGUUCGAACGUCUGAUCGGUAUAACUCUCAGUAUAAACUGCUUAAAUCCUUCUGUCGUCUUCAAACAUCUCAGUACGAAGUGUCAUUCUGUCAUUGUCACAUCAGGAACACUGAGUCCGAUGGACACAUUCCAGUCUGAACUGGGAGCAGAGUUCCGGGUCCAACACGAGGGUAAACAUGUGGUGCCUAAAUCUAACUUCCUAGCUAUGAACCUCACUGCUGGACCUAGUGGACAUUCCUUCAACGCAGGAUACAAGAACGCGGAGACCUUCAAGUUCCAAGAUGAUAUCGGCCAGGUGAUCUGCAGAGUGUGCAGCUUGGUCCCUCACGGAGUCCUCGUCUUCUUCCCCAGUUACAGACUCCUGGAGAAGGUAUCAGAACGGUGGCAGGCUACGGGAGAGUGGGACAAGAUGAAGGAUCACAAGGUUGUUGUGUCCGAACCUAGGGGCAGUAAUCGGAACGCGUUUAACGAGGCAAUGGAAGAGUUUGACGCAAACGUAGAAUCAGGAGCCCUACUUCUCGCGGUAUGUAGAGGGAAGAUAAGCGAGGGAGUGGACUUUGCUGAUAACAACGCUCGAGCCGUUAUCACUAUCGGGCUGCCCUUCCCCAACUUCAAGAGUACGGAGAUAACAGAUAAGCGGAAAUAUAACGAUAAGUUUUGUAAGGAGCAGGGCCUGCUGAGUGGUCAGGAGUGGUACACUAUACAGGCUUUCAGAGCGGUGAAUCAAGCUCUGGGUCGAUGUUUGAGGCACAUCCAGGACUGGGGAGCCAUCAUCAUGAUAGAAUCUCGUCUCCCUGGCAACGAGAGAUACUGGAAAAGUAUUUCGCGUUGGAUCAGAGACGAGAUGAUCUCAACAGAGAACUGCUCAGAGGCGUUUGAGAGACUAGAAUACUUUUGUCAUGACAAGCGGGGCAUGUUAGACCAGUAUAACUCAGGGGGGUUUGUAACAGACACCAGUACUGUCACUGAUACCAGUACUGUCGCUGAUACCAGUACUGUCACUGAUACCAGUACUGUCGCUGAUACCAGUGCCAGUAUUGAGGAGACCACCGAGUACCCUCACAGCAAAUAUCCUGUAAUUGAUCUAACGUUGUCACCGACCUCACAACCGCUGUCUACAAAUAUCCCUCUUUUCUCUGACAACAGAACAUUAGCGGCUGUACAAGAAAGACAGACUGCGGAUAUUGAUGCUUCUGACACGUCUACCUCCCCCGAACACAAUGUUACUGUGAAAUAUGAAAACGAGGACUCUAAAGCUAGCAUUGAUAUCUCAUCCUCUCCAGAGUUAUUUAUUGAGGAAGAGAUUGAGGGUGGGGCGACCAUCCGAGAGCUAGCAGACAAGUCUAUAAAAGAAAUAUCUCCUCCCAAUUUAACUUCACAUUUAGAUGAUAGACGAAUAUUUUCUUCAGAGGGGAUAACCCCUUUUAAAAUUAAUUCUAGCGCAGAUGAUAAACGGGCCCAUUCUCCAGAAGAAACUUCAAAUUUGGUGAUCAAGAGACGAAAGGUUAGUCGGAUGCAGCAGCAUUUGAAUGAGUCAAGUAGCGAGAACCACAGUUCCUAUAACUCUGUAUCCUAUGCCAGUCCUUCCUCCACCCCCUCUAACUCAUGUCCUACCUGCUCCAACAAGCUCCUCAAAACCAGACCUUCUCCAAACAAAACUGUUAAAAUAUCAGACUUUAUCCGAGGGAGGUAUGAUAUCCGAGCUCUCGGGAAACUUCAGUUCACAGCGUUUCCUGACGAAAACGCGGCUAAUUCUACUUUGGGUAACAUGGGUGUCUUCUGCACGGAGUGUAGCACUGUACUUGGUAGAGUCACUUUCUCUAUCGAGGACAAUUCUGUAGGUGGGAUUGUUCAGUUAGAGUGAACCACUAGAAGUAGAAUGAUUUAGAAAAAUAUUACUAUUCAUGAUUUUCAUUAAUCUUAAUUAUGUUUUACAGCAUGAACUACUUGGACUACAGGGCGUGGAGGUUCAUAAUAACUUUUGGUUUGUUUUUUUUUUUCAUGGACCGAAUUUAUUUUCAAUUGUGACAUUUUUAAUUUGAUUGAAUUCAUUUUAAGUUUUGCAGGAUUGAGAGAAAUUGUUGAUCAUAUUUUUAACUAUGUAUUUCUUAGAUUUUAACCGUAAAAUUUAAUUGAUUUUAACAACUAUUUCCAAUUAUUAAGCACUAAAAUAUUUGAGUUUUUUCCUUUUUUUUCAUUUAUGAAUAAUUACAUGUACCUAGCGUCCUAACCGAGCCAACUUGGUUAUAAAGCCAAAAGAAUUCUGCCAUUUAUUGGUAAGGGCGCUGUGGCAGCCCCAAGGGCCACUGUAGUAGGGCGCUGUUGCAGCCCCGAGGGACACGAUGAGAUAAAAUGUAUUGGAACCGUGUGCUUACCCGGGUAAACUUCCAGUUCCAUAUAAUUGAUAUUAUGUGGAUUGGUCAAAUUUGCUAUUUCUCAGUCUGGCUUUCAAGCCGCCCC